AGGAAACAGAAACUAAAGUGCUGUGGUACGUGUCUCUCUGUCUCUGAGUACAUGCAGUAAAAUGGCAGAAGCCAGUAUUUCAGUGGCUCAUGAGCAGUUCUGCUGUCCUAUCUGUCUGGAUCUACUGAAGGAUCCAGUGACCAUUCCCUGUGGACACAGUUACUGUAUGAACUGUAUUACAGACUGCUGGAAUCAGGAUGAUGAGAAGGAAGUAUACAGCUGCCCUCAGUGCAGACACACCUUCACUACAAAACCUGCUUUAGGUAAAAACACCAUUGUGGCUGAAAUGGUGGAGAAACUGAAGAAGACAAAACUCCAAACUGCUGUUCCUGCUCACUGUUACACUGAAGCUGGAGAUGUGGCGUGUGACGCCUGUACUGGAACAAAACACAAAGCUGUAAUGUCCUGUCUGGAGUGUCUGAACUCUUACUGUCAAAAUCACCUUGAACAACAUGAGAAUCUCUUCCAAGGUAAGAGACACAAUCUGAUGGAUGCGACAGGACGAUUCCAGGAGAUGAUCUGCCGUCAACACAAUAAACUUCUGGAGGUUUUCUGUCGUACUGAUCAGAAGUGUAUCUGCAUGUUGUGCAUGAUGGAUGAUCACAAAAACCAUGACACUGUUCCAGUUGCAGCCGAGAGGACUCCGAAGCAGAGUCACUUGGAGGAGACACAGAAAAAAUCCCAACAGAGAAUCCAGGAGAGCGAGAAAAAGAUGGAGGAGGUGAGAAGAGCUGUGAAGUCUCAUAAGCGCUCAGCACAGACAGCAGUGGAGGACAGUGAGAGGAUCUUUACUGAACUGAUGAGCUCCAUUGAGAGAAGACGCUCUGAGGUGACACAGCUGAUCAGAGAUCAGGAAAAGGCUGCAGCGAGUCGAGCUGAAGGACUCUUGGAGCGACUGGAGCAGGAGAUUACUGAUCUGAGGAGGAGAGACACUGAGCUGGAGCAGCUUUCACAUACACAUGAUCAAAUCCAGUUCUUGCAGAGUUGGCAGUCUUUCUCUAAACCUUCUGGAUUUUCAGUCUUACCCAACAUCACUGUCAGUUCUCUCCUGUCUUUUGAUGAGGUGAUCAAAUCUGUCUCUCAACUGAAACAACAACUGGAGGAUUUCUGCACAGAACACAUUGACAAGAUAUCUGACAGAGUCACAUACAUUGAGAUUAUUCCCACCAAUGAACCCAAAACCAGGAUGGAACUCUUACAAUAUUUUCAUCAGCUGAUAGUGGAUCCAAAUACAGUGAAUAAACACCUCCGUCUGUCUGAAGGAAACAGAGUGAUUACUUACACUGACACAAUCCAGCAGUAUCCUGAUCAUCCAGAUAGAUUUAAUCAUUGGCGUCAGAUGUUGUGUAGAGAAAGUGUUUGUGGACGCUGUUACUGGGAGAUCGAGUGGAGUGGGAGUGAUGGUGUGGGUAUAUCAGUGUCAUAUAAGAGCAUCAGCAGGAAGGGAGAUGGUUAUGAGUGCGUGUUUGGAUGUAAUAAUCAGUCCUGGAGUUUGUCCUGUUCUCCCUCCAGGUACUCAUUUGGUCACAAUAAUAAAGGGACUAAACUCCCUGAAGCCACCAGCUACAGUAGAAUAGGAGUGUAUGUUGAUCACAGAGCAGGAAUCCUGUCCUUCUACAAUGUCUCUGACACACUGACCCUCAUCCACAGAGUCCACACCACAUUCACUCAAUCUCUAUAUCCUGCGUUUGGAGUUGGAAAGAGAUCAUCAGUGAAACUGUAUGAUGUAAGAAUAUGAUACAGAGAUUCUACAAAAGGCUGUGACUACACAGUAUGUGUCCAUCUGACCAGAUGCGAUGUAUUCAAAUAAAAACAAUGUGUGCAAUGUGAAAAUUAUCAGUCAUUCUUCUAACUGUAUCCUCAAUAUCUUUAAGUCCCUAGAAUGUAUGGCUACGAAUAAAGGCAUCAUUAGAAAUAAAUAUUCACAUUGUUUAACACUCUAGUCUUGGCAACCCAUUAUAUGUUCCCUAAAAAGUCCUUUGUGAUACAUAUGUGCAGUAAUUUAUUUAUUAUUCAUUCAUCCAUAACAUCAUAGUCAGUGAGUAGAAAAUGUUUUUUUUUUACUGUAGAUACUCAAACUUUAAGCUUAUUAGUUUGAGUAAUAUUGUUAAUUGUUUAGGGUUUUAUGAGUUCUAUGAGCCCUCUGUAGGUAUAAACUAAAGGUUUAUAAAGGUGUUUUCCGCCCAUGGCAGCUGGGUGUGCAAGAGCAGACAGUCAUUUGACCUUGCUCAUGGUGCUGCAAUACUUCAUGCUGCCAGAGAACAACUUCUUUGUUUGUUUUAUUUUGUGAAAGUAAAUAAAUG